AUGGCCGGGUCGAGAGAUACCACAUGGGAUCCGAGCGGUCGUCGUGACCAAGCCAGCUGGCAAAAUCAGAUGCAAAGCGGGACCCAACAGGACUACAACGCCGAUGAGGGCAUUGGCCAUGACCCCAUGGCUCCACCACAGAGAUCUUCCGGCGCAUACGGUUCGGAAUAUGGCCAGCAACGAGCUUCCAUGUUGGGUGGAAGCGGCGGCGCUCAGGGGGAAGGUUGGGGAGGAAGAUAUCAAGGCGAAGCCACGGAGGCUUAUCCUCAGGCAGGCAGCACGCAGGGUGCGUACGGACAGCAAGGCAUGAGCGGACAGGAACCGCAGGCGGCCUCGAAUAUCGGUGAAUAUGAUGAGCAAGAACCUCAGGGGGUGCAUAGCACUCAACGCCUGAAGGGGCAGCAACAGCAGGCCGAGGAAGAGCGCAAGCCCAGCGGUAUUCUUGGUAUCGUUAGUAGUAUUGGAGAAAGAGCGCAGAGGACUGCGGAAGGGAAGCUUGGACGUGAUAAAUAA